AUGGAUCCUGUGGAUGAUUCUUUUAGUUCAUCUCAAAAUGCGGUGCCGGAUGCUCAUGUUGUUAAUUCGGUGCAGCUACUCAUUUUGCGUGAGACAUGGUUCCAUUCUAAAACUAAUAUGGCUCCGCUGCUUGGGGUUCGCAAAAGAGGUGGUGGAGUUGCAGUCAUGGUCAAAAGUCCUCAUUCGGCUUGCAUAGUUUUCAGCGAGUCAGUGCCUGACUCUUACGAAUCCUUAACUUGUGAUAUUUGGUUUUAUUCUUUGGAGAUUAGACUACUCAUUUUGCGUGAGACAUGGUUCCAUUCUAAAACUAAUAUGGCUCCGCUGCUUGGGGUUCGCAAAAGAGGUGGUGGAGUUGCAGUCAUGGUCAAAAGUCCUCAUUCGGCUUGCAUAGUUUUCAGCGAGUCAGUGCCUGACUCUUACGAAUCCUUAACUUGUGAUAUUUGGUUUUAUUCUUUGGAGAUUAGA